AUGACCGCCUGCCACAGACUGACCGUCCGCCUGCUUAACCGCCCAAGUCGCGCCCACGCUCGUUCCCACCAACCGACGCCAUCGCCCUUCGUUCCGGCGCUUGAGCCAGUUUCUUUCGUUUCCAGUCCGUCCUUUGCCUCCUCAAUCCCAUCGCCAGCGGGCUUUUGCUCUCCCAGCGUUCCAACCGGCCACACAAUCAAAUGUCCCGGCAGACUACCUUCGCCGACUCCAGUGGCCAUGGUCACAAAGCACCCUGCAACCGACGCUCCCUUUAAUCCUCACGGCACCGCCCGCCGCUUCAAUGACUUUGGUGCUGUCAAGCGUCCAGCCCUCAAUGCCAUAGACACCUCUCCCCCGCCUCGCGGCUCGUCACUCGCCCGCCCUCUCGUUCCUGCCAACUCCGCUCCUCCGCCCCAGGGCCCUCGAUCUAAAAAGCCCGAACCGUUGCGCCCUACCUACCUCAAGAUAACACAUAUCGCACCGCCCCUUCGGUCAGCGGCUUCGUUUGACGACGGCCGGCAUGGUCCUGUACAAUCGCCCCCAAGCAGCGAGGCAGCACGGUUCAGCCCAGCCACGAGCCCGCUCUCCACGCACUCAACGGGGCUGAAGCCGGCAUGGUCAAUGACCAGUGCGCAAUCUAACCAAUUUGUUCCGUUUCGCCAUGACAAGUCGCCGCUGCAUACCCCCCUAAGUGCUCGCUUCCCUCACCAUUACCAGCCCCCCGAGCUACACUUUGAUACGCCAACUCGAUCGAGUCUACAGUCUGCCACAACUGGCACUUCAAGCGUGGAGCCGGCAAGCGGAACGGAAAGGAGCAGCAUUCUCACUAAUUCCAGUUCUUUGACUGAUAUUUCGCCUGCCACCCCUGACGUCGACCAAGAUAUGAGUGUGGAUGACGCUAUCGAUAUGUACCUUGAUGGCUUCUCAGAUGACUCGUCGCCGACGCAAGACUCCUCAGAUUCGCCAGAACCAGAGGAUUUUCCACUGCCGCCGUCGCUAAGGAAAACUCCGGACCCCCAAAAGGUCGUCGAUGACUCGCCAGAGCCUACGCCUCCCUCAACACCUAAACGAUGCGCACAGCUAGAUGGGCCAGCCCAUAGCAGUAUGGAAGAUCAAGAGAUGAAAGACCUUUCUCCUGGUGUCAAACCAGUAUCGCCACCAAUAGUGAAAACAAAGAUCACCGUGCCGGAUGUCCUUUCAGUUGGCGUGCCGCCUCCUUUGUCCACAUCGACCAGGUUAAGAGAUCAAUAUGGCUUCAAAAAGGAGACCACCUAUAUUACUGUGUCACAAUACAACAAGUGGAGUGAACCAUAUUCAAGAUACGUGGAUUAUCGAAGACAAAAAUGGAUUGAAAUGCUUCAUGACAGCGGCACCGCGGAUAAAGGCACACUUGAAUUCCCGUCCAAGUCUAGUAAGAUGAAGCGGUACAUUAGAAAAGGAAUACCUCCGGAAUACCGUGGUGCUGCGUGGUUCUGGUACACCGGGGGUCAUGAGCAUCUCCGUCAGAAUCCGGGCCUUUAUCGGAAACUCGUCGAGAAGGCUGUCGAGGCCCCGAUGAAUGAUGACAAGGAGCACAUUGAGCGUGACCUCCAUAGGACAUUUCCUGAUAAUAUCCAUUACAAGCCGGACCUAUCCUCGGAGACCCAAUCGCCUUCUGGAGCCGGUAGUAGUAACCUGAAGUAUACAUUAGAUGCCCAGGAGACGCCAAUCAUCCAGUCUCUGCGUCGUGUUUUGUAUGCGUUUUCGUUACACAACUCGAAGAUUGGUUAUACCCAAUCCCUCAACUUCAUUACAGGUCUCCUACUUCUUUUCCUGUCGGAAGAAAAAACCUUUUGGAUGCUCCACACAAUCACCUCUGCUUAUCUACCAGGAACGCAUGAAGUUAGCCUAGAAGGAGCCAACGCUGACCUUUGGAUCCUCAUGGUUGCCCUAAAGGAAUCUCUCCCUGCCGUAUACACCAAAGUUGCUAGUCCAAAUGCAACGACUCCUAGAUCAAAGCCUCCAAACAUCACAACAACAACUCGCUUACCUGAUAUUACCCUUGGCCUUACGAAUUGGCUGAUGUCCAUGUUCAUUGGUAGCCUUCCUUUAGAAACCACGCUGCGCGUGUGGGAUAUUCUGUUCUACGAAGGUUCCAGAACGUUUUUCCGUGUUGCAUUGGCAAUUUUUAGACUCAGCCAGAGAGAUAUCCUCGCCGUCAGCGACCCCAUGGAAAUCUUCCAGAUUGUGCAAACUGCUCCAAAGAAGAUGCUUGAUGCGAGUGCUCUCGCGGAUGAAUGCUUUGCGCGACGUUUCCGGUUCUCUCAAGAACGAGUCGAGUCGUUGAGAGUUGCGCGAAGGCAAGCUAUUCGGGAAGAUAAGGAGCGAGCGUCGUUUUUGGCACGUCCUGGAAAUUUUGGUGCAAAUGCAGACGGCCGUCCGGGUACGGGAUCUACUCAACCUGGCGCGUGGAAGACAUGGAAGAAUCACACUUUCAGAUGA